UAUAUAUAACAGCUACAGCGCCGGAAAUCCAACACAAUAUCUGAAUUACUGACGGGACACUACUCUCUCAGUGCUCUUCUAUUGUGGUUACCAGGGGUUGAACCUCAGCUCUUGGCCCCGCUGUUUCACUGCAUUACAUAGAAAUAUUUGAACUUUAGUGUGGUGAAAAAGAAUCAUUCACGAUGGAUGUGAAUGAUAUCUCCGGUGAGAUGCCGGAGGAGGCAGACAUCUUCGGGGUAUAUGAUAAAAAUUUGCAUUUUCCUGAUAAGGAGCUUAAUUCUUUACUGGAUUCUUGGCUCAGCGAAAGUGAAGAUAAAAUGUUUGUCCAAAACCAAGACCAGGGUGUUCAGCGGCCCUCAGAGUCUAUUCAAACUCCAGACAUAAGUGUUCAGCAGCCCUCAGGGUCUAUUCAAACUCCAAACAUUAGUGUUCAGCAGCAUCUGUUCUCUCAGAUCCCGUACCAGAGUGGUGUGCUUGAUCAGACCCCAGGCCUCAAUGUGCAGCAGACAUUAGGAAAAAGUGUACAGCAGACCCCACAGUCUGUGCAGCAGCAGAACCCACAGUCUGUACAGCAGAUCCCACAGUCUGUACAGCAGAUCCCACAGUCUGUACAGCAGAUCCCACAGUCUGUACAACAGAUCCCACAGUCUGUACAGCAGAUCCCACAGUCUGUACAGCAGAUCCCACAGUCUGUACAGCAGACCUCAGGUAAGAGUGUAGAGCAUCAGUCUUCGCAGUACCACCAGACGCCAGGCAGGCAGAGUGUCAUCAGCAGAACUGCAACACAUCCAGUUGGUAACUACAAUACUGGAAACUCUGUGUUGCUGAUUCUCCCCCCUCAGCAGACACUAGACAAUGUACCUCACAUUCCUGCUGCUCAAAACUCAGACAAGCAUUUGCAAAACAACUUGUUACAGAGUGAAACCCCAACUCAGAAACAAACCAACACAAGAAUAGUAGUGUCAUACAACAUUGAAGGUGUACAAAACAGGUAUGCCAUGGAAGUUAAACCGGAGACCGGAACUUCCCACAUGGAAAAAGACAGUGCUAUAUCACAUAAUGGGAAGGACAUCUCAGGACCAACAAGCUCCAGUCACAACCAUAGUAAGCGUAAGUGUGUCUCUUCCCACAAUACUGUAACCAAAAAGCUAAAAUUACACGAGAUAAAUGAACCGUUUGAGGAUCCAGUGAAAGAACAAAGCAGGUCGCGUGCUAUUAAGCAGCGUGAGUACCGGGAACACGAAAAACAAAAAAUAGAGAAUCUUAAGAAAGAAAUAGAAACAGUUAAAAAGGAAAAGAGGCUUGCGUAUGAAAUUAUAAGGACAUUGAUCUUUGAGAUACAGAUGAUGAGAACGACGCAGCAACAAUCGACAGAGCAAAUUGCUGAGUACAGAAAUAGUCAGAAGCUGGAAUAUGAACUCUACAAAAUGACUGAAGAUCAUCGUCGAGUACAGCUUGAAAGAGACCGUUUGAAAGAGGAAUUAGAAUCACUGAAGGCAGAUGAGAAAAACCUUAUGAAAAUAAUAUUCGGAUAAAUGAACAUUAGCUAAGCUCACCUUGAAAAAUAGAGUUUCCAAAAGGGCCAUAUCAAAGCUUCAGCAGUGCUUUAGUACUAAAACCCUCGUGCAUGAUGUAUUUUUUUUACAAGACCACCCAUGACAUGUUGACAUCAGCACAAACACCAGCAACAAGAGGGUGCUAUUAACCCUCUUGUGUUUUACAAGACCACCCAUGACAUGUUGACAUCAGCACAAACACCAGCAACAAGAGGGUGCUAUUAACCCUCUUGUGCUAAAUACCUUGCUCACUCUGUUAAUUACUUCUGUUCUUAUUUCACACAAAACAACCUCUACAUACACCUCCAUAACAGAGGAGAAAAUAUCUACCUGGAGAGAGUUCCGGGGGUCAACGCCCCCGCGGCCCGGUCUGUGACCAGGCCUCCUGGUGGAUCAGAGCCUGAUCAACCAGGCUGUUGCUGCUGGCUGCACGCAAACCAACGUACGAGCCACAGCCCGGCUGAUCAGGAACUGACUUUAGGUGCUUGUCC